CCAAUGGUCGCGAGGGAUUCGCGGCUAUUUCAUCUAGGUACAGCGGGCCGUUAGCAUCUUUAAUUGCGCAUAAGUGAAAAUUGUAAGUGAAAAAUUAGUGGGCAAUAAGGAUCAACGUCUUUUUGUGUCACAAUGGAAGGACAGCAACCACCUGGCGGAAGAGCCCGUGGUCGUGGUCGAAGUACCAGUAGACCUGAUAGAUCUCAGCCUCCUCAACAACAACAAGCAUGGGUGCGUCCAGGAGUACCUCCUCAACAAUCCGAGAGUUCAUAUGGGCCUCCUUCGAAAUACCAUCGUUCACAGACUUCAAGAGGCGUCGUCCGAACUCCAAUGCCACAUCAGUCAUCACAAGGGGAUCGCGCUCCAGGGCAACAGCAACAGCCAUCGACAUCAACUUCAGUUGGCGGGGGAGAUGCAGCAGCAACUCGAUCAAUGGGUAGAGGUGCUAUGAGAGGAAAUAAAAUGAUUGUUCCUGAAAUUUUCACUCGUCCUGAACAUACCAGAAACUCUAAAAAGGGAACUAUUGGUCAGCCAAUAAAUUUGGAAGCAAAUUUUUUCAAGAUUCUAAAUGCUCCAGAUUGGUGCUUAUUUCAGUAUCGAGUCGAUUUUGCUCCUGAAGAAGAUAGAAAUGCAGUACGUAAAGGUCUAUUACGUCUUCAUAAAGAUAGAUUAGGAACGUAUAUUUUUGAUGGUACAGUGAUGUACACUUGCAAUCGAUAUGCUAAUGUAUCCACAACUGAAUCAAUGAAGCUGACUUCUAAAAGAGAAUCGGAUGAUGCUACAAUUGAAAUUAGUGUUCGACUUGUCGGCGAAAUGUCCAAAGGAGAUCCUCACUAUCUUCAAUUAUAUAAUAUUUUGUUACGUCGUGGUUUGGAACAUUUACGUUUACAAUUGGUUGGAAGAAAUUACUUCGAUGCCAGAGCGAAGAUUGAAAUAAGAGAGUUCCGCCUGGAAUUGUGGCCUGGAUAUCAAACUUCUAUUCGUCAACAUGAACGAAAUAUUUUAAUGGGUGUUGAAAUCACAAGUAAAGUUAUGCGUCAAGAAACAUUAUUGGACAUUUUGAAUAAUGUUCGACAAAGAGUUGAUUCUGGAGAUUUACAGGCAGCUUGUCGUGCUGAAGUGAUCGGAUUAACAGUCCUAACUGAUUAUAAUAAUAACACUUACCGUGUAGAAGACAUUGAUUUCGGUCAUAAUCCACAAAGCUCUUUCAAAAUAACAAAAGGGGGUAAAGAAACUGAAACCACGUACAUCGAUUAUUAUAGACAAAAAUAUAAUAUUACUAUAAGAAAUAGAUCCCAGCCUCUUUUGAUCACUCGUCCAUCUAUCAGAGAUCGUCGAGCUGGUAAAGAUAAAGAUCAAGAUAUAUGUUUAAUUCCUGAACUAUGUAGAGCUACAGGCUUAACCGAUUCUAUGAGAAGUGAUUAUAAACUAAUGGCUGCUCUUGGAGAACAUACAAGACUUAAACCAAAUGGUCGGAUUGAUAGACUUAUGGCAUUUAAUCGUCGUCUCCUUGCACAACCAGAAGUAGUUAAAGAAUUCGAUCAGUGGCAGUUGAGAUUAGACACCCAGCUGGUACAAGUACCAGCAAGAGUAUUACCAAUUGAAAAUAUGUUAUUUGCCAACAAAAAUGAAAGUGCUGGAAGACAAGUGGAAUGGGGACGAUGCCUUCAAAAAGCUAAACAUAUUGUUAGUACUAGAAUGUCGGAUUGGGUGUUGGUGUUUCCAAAUAGAAUCCGCCGCGAUGCUGAUACAUUUUUCCAUAACAUUAUGGAAGUCGCUCGCGGAAUGCAAUUCAGUGUUAAUCAGCCUGUGAUGCGCGAAUUGCGAGGUGAUGGUGCUCGGGAUUAUGUCGAAGAACUCGAGUCAAUAAUGAGACAAAAAAAUCCGCAACUUGUUUGUUGCAUUGCACCUAGACAACGAGCAGAUGUAUAUGCAGCUAUUAAACAAAAAUGUUGUGUAGAUCGACCAGUUCCCAGUCAAGUUGUGCUGUCAAAAAAUAUUUCUUCUAAAAUUUCUAUGUCAGUUGCCACAAAAAUAGCUGUUCAAAUGAGCUGUAAAAUUGGAGGAGCUCCAUGGUCCUUGCAUUUUGGAUUUAAAAAUUUGGAAGGCGGUAUUAUGAUUGUUGGAUUUGAUGUUUGUCAUGAUCCAAAUCGACGUGGAACUGAUUAUGGAGCCAUGGUUGCUUCAUUGGACCCUGGUAUGAGUCGCUACUUUUCAGCUGUGACUGCACAUAAAAAUAAUGAAGAAUUGACCAACGAAUUUACUUCAAACAUGAUUAAAGCAAUUCGUAAAUAUGCCGAACUAAAUAGUAAUACAUUCCCAGCUCGAAUUAUAAUAUAUCGCGAUGGUGUUGGAGAUGGACAAAUACCAUAUGUCGUAGAUCACGAACUUAAACAUUUACGAGAACAUCUCGAUAAAUUUUAUGCUCAAAAUCCAGUGAAAAUGGCGUUCAUCAUUGUAACCAAGAGAAUUAACGUUCGAUUGUUCUUAAACAAACGAGAUAAUCCACCACCAGGUACUGUCGUUGAUGACGUUAUUACUAAUCCUUCUCGAUAUGAUUUCUUCCUGGUUUCACAAUUUGUCAGAAAUGGAUCUGUAUCACCUUCUGCAUAUAAUGUUAUUUAUGAUACUGUAGGAUUUGAUGUAUCAGCUAUUCAACAGUUGACAUAUAGAUUAACUCAUAUGUACUUUAAUUAUUGUUCAACAAUUAGAGUACCUGCUCCUUGCCAGUAUGCUCAUAAACUGGCAUUCUUAGUGGCUCAAUCUAUUCAUAAAUCACCCAGUAGCCAUCUGGAAAAUUUACUUUACUUUUUGUAAUAUUUCAACUUAUUGAAAAAUUUAUUUUUUUAUUUUUCUUGAAAAAAAAUAUUUUUUUAUUUUAUUUCUAAAAAAGUUGGGAAAAAUUUUAUAGAAAAACGUACAUUGUUUUCAACUAAUAUUUUAUAAUUUUUUUAAUACGUACUAAGUACUCAAAAUUUUGAGGUUUAUUUUUUAUGAAUUAAGUAAGUUG